ACAGAGCUUCAAAUUCUUAAAGAAUCCAGACUUCCUGGAUCCUGAGACUGUGGCCCAGAGUUGCUCUUCAAACCUUGAAUUGAAACUGUCACCUGAAGUCAACUUUAAAUUAAGUAACAAUUUUUAGCCCAAAGAGUAGAUUGUUACCCUUGAGUAUUGCUAAGCCCAAAGGGUCAACAGCUAUUUUAAAGCACAGCUGGGGGGCAGGGAGACCAAGGAAGGGGAAGUGAAACAACUAGAACAGAAAUAAUGAGAAUGUUGACACAGUGUCAAGAAUGUAACCAAUGUGACUGAUCAUUAUGCCUAGAAACUGGAGUGGGAGCAGAUUUUGCUGUGUAUGUUUUCACCAAAAAUUAAAAAAAAAAAACAACUACAGAAAAGGAACAAUGAAAAGAUAGGCGUGGCCUCUGAGUAAAGACACCUUUGCCAUGAACCAGCCCGCCCCCGGGGCUCCCCCCGCACCCCGCCGGGUGCGGCUGAAGCCCUGGCUUGUGGCCCAGGUGAACAGCUGCCAGUACCCAGGGCUUCAGUGGGUCAACGGGGACAGGAAGUUCUUCUACAUCCCCUGGCGCCACGCCACGCGGCACGGCCCCGGCCAGGAAGGAGACAACACCAUCUUCAAGGCCUGGGCCAAGGAGACCGGGAAGUACACCGAGGGCGUGGAUGAGGCCGACCCCGCCAAGUGGAAGGCCAACCUGCGAUGCGCCCUUAACAAGAGCCGCGAUUUCCGCCUCAUCUAUGAUGGGCCCCGGGACAUGCCGCCUCAGCCCUACAAGAUCUACGAGGUCUGCUCCCACGGCCCGGCACCCACAGAAGCACAGCCCAGUGAGGACCACACCUUUGGGCCAGGAGAGGAGGAGGAGGAGGAAGAGGAAGAGCUCCAGAGGAUGUUACCAAGCCUGAGCCUCACGGAAGCAGUACAGCCUGGCCCCUCCAUGGGACCCUAUUCUGUACCCAAAGAAGAGCUCAAGUGGCCCCCUACUCUCCAGCCGCCUGUGGUGCUGGGCCCCUCUGCUCCAGAGCCCAACCUCCUGGCCCAUCCCCACAACGACCCUGCUAGCUUUGGGGAGCUGCUCCCCGAGGUCCUGCUGGAGCCUGGGCCCCUGGCCGCCAGCCUGCCCCCUGCAGGCGAACAACUCCUGCCCGACCUGCUGAUCAGCCCCCACAUGCUGCCCUUGACCGACCUGGAGAUCAAGUUCCAGUACCGUGGCCGGCCGCCCUGUGCCCUCACCAUCAGCAACCCACACGGCUGCCGGCUCUUCUACAGCCAGCUGGAGGCCACCCAGGAGCAGGUGGAGCUCUUCGGCCCCGUGAGCCUGGAGCAGGUUCGCUUCCCCAGUCCCGAGGACAUCCCCAGUGAGAAGCAGCGCUUCUACACCAACCAGCUGCUGGACGUGCUGGACCGCGGGCUCAUCCUGCAGCUACAGGGCCAGGACCUGUACGCCAUUCGCCUGUGCCAGUGCAAGGUGUUCUGGAGCGGGCCCUGUGCCGAGGCCGACGCCACGCGCCCCAACCCCAUCCAGCGGGAGGUGAAGACCAAGCUCUUCAGCCUUGAGCAGUUUCUCCACGAACUCAUCCUGUUCCAGAAGGGCCAGACCAACACCCCACCGCCGUUUGAGAUCUUCUUCUGCUUUGGGGAGGAGUGGCCUGACCGCAAACCCCGAGAGAAGAAGCUCAUCACUGUACAGGUGGUGCCCGUGGCGGCCCGAUUGCUGCUGGAGAUGUUCUCAGGGGAGCUUUCCUGGUCGGCUGACAGUAUCCGGCUUCAGAUCUCAAACCCAGACCUCAAAGACCGCAUGGUGGAGCAGUUUAAGGAGCUCCAUCACCUCUGGCAGUCCCAGCAGCGGGUGCAGGCCGUGGCGCAGGCCCCUCCUGGGCCAGGUCUCAUGGCUGACCAGGGGCCCUGGCCCAUGCACCCAGUUGGCAUGCAAUAAUGAGGCUGCAGAUAGUGACUGGCCCGGGCUUCCCAGGUGGCUGUGAGGACUGAGGUGGAGGUACAAUGGUCCAGUGGGCACCUGGCUGACUGCAGGGUCCCAGCUCUGGGUCUCCUGGAAGUGGAUUUGGGCCAAGGAGAGGGAAGAAAGGCCUGAGCCCCAGGUCUUCCUCUGGAACUGCCUCUCUUGUGCUAACUCUGGUGUGCCUGGCCCUUGGGGAAACUCGGCUGUGAGCGCCAGUGAGUGUGGAGGAACUCCCUAACCCAGGUGCCUAGUUAUACAGGGCGGAUGGUCCUAAGGCAGCCCACUCUUGUGGCUGUCCCCAUUUCCUAUGGCAAAAAGAGCAAGAGGUGCUAUAAGCCCGGUCCCCCCUCAACCCCCGCAGCAGGGCCUCUGCAGGGCAUGGGCCUGAUUUGGAGGUUCCCUAGUUUGAGCCUCACUUCCUCAUCUUAUGGCCUCCUGAGACAGGUAUGAGCACUGAGGUAUCACAUCAGAUGCUUAAGGCUGGCAGCUGUGCCUCCUUGAGAGCCUAAGAACCUGGGGUAGAAAGUGGAAUUUUAUGUAUUUUUUGAUUAAUAAAUGUUAAAAGCAGAGAUGGCUGGGUUUUUUUCCCCAGUAUCGGUUGCUAUCCUAGCAGACCUUAUUUCUGAUGUUAGCUGUCCCUGUCCCCAGACCUGCCUCCAUUCAGGUCGUUGACAAACACCUCCCCUGCCACCUCCUAGCUGAUGAGUCAGCUGGCCUUCCUUCGUAACCUCUCACCUGGCUGGCUUUGCUUUCCAGAAGGCGCACUGGAGCAAGGGUGUGGACGGUCUAAACUAAAAAACCAAACCCGUUGCCGUCAAGUUGAUUCCAACUCAUAGCAACCCUACGGAGUAAAACUGCCCCAUAGGGUUUCCAAGGAGUGGCUGGUGGAUACCAGCUGCUGACCUUUUGGUUAGCAGCUGAGCUUUUAACCACUGUGCCACCAGAGCUCCAGACAGUCUAAAAGCCUGUUCAACUCAAGAAAUGGCGGAAAAGGGUCGGUAUUCCAGCUGCAUCUGGCAAUCAUUACAAUUUUGUUAUCCUCACCUAUAUUCAUUUGCUGUUAAAUUUAUUAGGAUGCUGCAUGCAGUUGGUAACUUACGUUUUGAAUCUGGCUCACAGAUGUGAUUUUCUGGCCUGAACAGUUUUUUUUUCUUUUUUUUAAAUCUUUUUAUAUGGGAGAUUUUAAGCAUUCACAAAAGUAGGGAGAAACGGUAUGAAAUCCCCAUGCAUCAGCUUCAACAAUCAAGUCAUGAUCAGUCUUAGUCUUUCUCAUCUGUACCCCCAUCCUCGCCCCAACUCUGAGAUUACUCUGAAGCAAAGCCCAGAUUCCAUAUGUAAAUAUUUUAGCAUGUAUUAUCACACCUAAUAUGAAGAUAUUCUUACCAGUGUCUAAAAAAAUUAAGACAAUCGGAGAAACUUAGAAUGGGAUCCAAGUAAGGGCCAUACAGUGCAAUGGAUUUUUAAUUCUGUAGGUUCUGCUUCUAAGUUUUUAUUCCCUUGCAAUUUAUUUGUUGAGAAAACCAGUUUGCUCUGGAUUUUUUUUCCCCAGGUAUGUCGCUGACUGCACCUGUAUUUAACAUAUUGUCUUCUGUAUUCCUUGUAAGGAAACCCUGGUGGUGUAGUGGUUAAGAGCUACGGUCGGCAGUUUGAAUUCACCAGGCACUCCUUGGAAAUCCUAUGGGGCAGUUCUACCCUGUCCUGUAGGGUCACUAUGAGUCACAAUUGACAGCAACAGGGUUUUUUUUUCUUUUUUUACUUAUUCCCUGUAAAUAGGUACUUAAAUCUAUUAAAUCUAGACUGGAUUCUUAGAGGCUUGAUUGGAUUUAGGCUUUUGUUUUGAUGACCUACUAAUGGAUAUUUGGGUUGUUUCCAUCUUUAGUUAUAAAUGCUGCAGUAAAUAGGUCCACAGAACGCUGAUGCUCAUGGCCCUCGGGGUGAACACAGCCCUCUAGCACCCAGUACAGUGGAUCUCCCUUCCUUCCUCCAAGCCCUUUCUCCCCACCAAGCUCAUCCUCAAAUCCAACUAAAUAUUCCCUUUUAAUUCAAGACUCCUUUCUCUUUCAUUGACAUAAAGAACCUAAUACUCUUCAGUCUUCAUAGAGUAGAAGAUACUGGCUUUUCCCGUUUUUGCUGGAGUUACAUUCUUGGAAGAUAACUUCUUCAACUGCUGGUAAAAAAAGAAAAAAAAAAAAAAAAAAAAAA